AUGCUACGAAUUAACAAAAGCAGUCACCAAAACAAAAAUUGGAAAAUGAAAGUAGAGCUGCAAAAUGGAUUACAGCCAGCUCGAUCUAUAAAUUUAGUAGAAAUCAAUUAAUUUUCUAGAGUAAUGGCUCUGAAAAAUGUUUCAUCGUUUUCCAAAGAACACAAUUAUGGUGAAUUUAAGGGAAUUGGCACUGAAGAAUUUAUGUGAUUUUUUGCUGUAAACAAGGCAACAAAAGAAUGUGAACAAAAUAUUUUAUCAUUCAAAAAAUUCUCUUUUCCGUCGACUCAUUGUGUAAGCAAUGGAUAACAGGGAUUAUUUAUAUCCGACGUAUGCAGAUGGGAUUCCUCAUCCCAGUCAAUUUCAGCAGACUGAAAAUAAUUUUGUCAAGCAAGAAUACCAAGGACCAUGGGAAAGCAGUGCUCCAUUUGCCUCGGAACCUUUCUAUGCAGGACAAAAUCAGUAUCCACCACCUGGAUAUGGAAACAUGUCAAAUAAUUAUUGUGCUUACCCACCGAACUAUCCUCAAUCGGCACCAGAAUAUCCUGAAUUUGGUGCUAAUAUCGGAAGCUAUCCACAUGGUUUUGGAGCUGGAACUAGUGCACCGUAUCCGGGAUCAGUACCAUUGAAUCACCUAACAAACAGCUAUGCUGUCAACCAGUUUCCUCCUCAUUAUUAUCCAAGCGCAGAAUUUAAUCAUCCAUCGCAAGUUUACAGUAACCAUCCCUCUCACCAUCCCUCUCACCAUCCUUCACAAGUGUUCAACAAUCAUCCAUACUUAAACCAACCUAGAGAAGACAGUUCAAACUUCGGAAAAUACAAAACCAGCAAUAAACCUUCUCUUGCCAAACCAUACACAAAAUCCAAUCAUCAAGAGAGCUCACUUCCACCGGAUCCAUUUUAUGGAAAUUGGUGGGCGAUCGCUCAGACAGAGGAUGCUGCAGCAGAUGGUGCAGAAGAGAAGGAGAAAGUUGUUCCUCAAACAAUUCUUAACUUUGAGAGAGACGAUUCUCUGUGCGAGGUUGGAAAUGCUUUGUUGCGAACACAGAGAGUACUGUGUGAAAAUCUUCAAGGCCUUACUUUUAAUGAGCCUGUGGCCCAUGUGUAUAGUCCGGCGGUAUAUGCAUUUCAGACAUACAAAGAGUUCAUUAGAAAAUACUGCACAUCUGAGAAAAAGGUUCUCUUUGUGGGAAUUAACCCAGGUCCAUGGGGAAUGGUUCAAAGUGGUGUUCCUUUUGGGGAGAGGGCAUUUGUUCGUGACUGGCUAGAAAUACAGGGCCUGAUUCUGAAACCAGCCUGGGAACAUCCUAAAAGACCCAUACUUGGACUUGAAUGCACUAGAUCUGAGGUCAGCGGCAAGAAACUCUGGACUCUUAUCAAGAGUCUAAGUGGACGCCCAGAGAACUUUUUCCAGCACUGCUUUCUGCACAACAUUUGUCCACUCUCCUUUUUGUCAAAAACCGGCAGCAACAUCACACCACCUGAUAUCCUUCCCGCAGAAAAAAGGAACCAGCUGAAUCAAAUUUGUGACGCCUCUCUUACAGAAGUCAUUCGAAUCUUGAAAGUGGAGAUAGUUGUAGCAAUAGGUCGUUAUGUAGAAACUCGUGUGAAAAACAUAAUCAAGAAUGGUAAUUUGCCCGAGUUCAGAGUUGAGUGUCUUGCUCAUCCGAGUCCACUCAACAGAAAAGCUGGAAAUAGGUGGGCGGAAAUUGCUGAGGAGCAGUUGAGAGAAUUUGGAGUGUUGUCAUACAUAAAGUCAGAUCAUACAGUAUCUGGUAUAAAGCAAGAUUUUUCCGAAUCGGAAGCUUCCGAGCAAGACUCUUUCACAGAUGGUAACUUUGUACAGCAUCCGUUAGCAGUCCAAAGUUCUUUGGAGAAAGAACAGACUUCCGAUGCAAGAAAUCCAUUUUCAGACUCAACCUUUGUGAAACAGGAACCUGUUUUUGAUAUCAAAUGCACCAAUCAGGUUGCUGCACCAGAACCUCCCUUCCUGAAGCAAGAACCGGUUUUUGAUGCUCCAUGCACAAAAGAUUUCGCACCAUCUGAUACUCCAAUAAUUGUACAAAACCCAUUUUCAGACUCUAGUUUUGCACACCAAGAGCAAUCAACAAAGGUUCCGUUUGUGGAACCAAGUCUGUAUCAUGAUAGAAAACCCAUGGAGCCAGGUUUGGCCUCUGAUCUUGACAUUAAUAGUGUUGUUCAGGACACAAAAGAAUGCCAUUACUGACCAAAUCUUUGUAUAGCUGGAUACUAUAAUGGUACAUUCUUAGAAACUAUCAGUAUUCAAAGAAAUCUGUACUCAUGGUUUAGCUUUACUAGGAUGUACAUAUAUAUAUAUAUACAUACAUGUGUGUAUCAAUCAUAAUACAGUAAUCAUACGAUUAGGGCUAUAGAGUUUUGUGUAGAAUUGUUAGUGAUAUUUGUCUUAUGUCAGUUUUUCUGUACUGUAGAUCACAGGCACUUGUUUCUGCAACAGUUUACCCUUUAUUAUCAUACUGCAGUGUGAACUUUUAUUACAGAAACAAGUGCCUGUAGUGUAGAUGUACAAUCAUUCAUGACAUUGUUAAGAGUUUGUAAAUAUUAAUGUACAUGUACAAUUCAAAGCUAAAGCCAGUACUUGUAUAAUGUAUUAGAAUCUGAAACUUUGGAGAGAAAAAAACUCAUUAUUAUUUCACACACCAAGAACUGAUUUGAAUCUAAAUCCAAAUCUCAUUCACAAAAUUAUAUAAUGAUUUAAUGAAUGAAGUGAUCAUUUAUUUUAUUAGUUAGAAAGAAAACAAACCUCAGGGCUUACAAGUUGUAUAAAUAUUCAUAGUUGAUUUAGUAAAAUAAGCAAUAGUUUUAUGAUUGAAUCCACAGCAUGCACUGCUGUGUAGAUGUUUCUGUAAUUUUUUUUCUUCGAAAUAAUAUCAAAUCAUCAUAUUGAUAAUCCUUGUGGUCUGCAAGAAUUGUAGUUUACAUGUAGUUUACAUGAAGUUAACCUGUAGCUAUUUAAUUAUUAAUACUAGUACCGGGUAUACAGUACAUUGUUCAUCCUCUUUUUGGAGACUGACAGACAUCGCAUUUUCAGUCUUCUUCAUUUCAUGUUAAUUUUUCGGGGAUUACAACCUUUAUAUUGCUAGAAUUGAAUGCAAAUAUUCAGCCAUUUUCCAUGAAGGUUAUACCCUCAAUUCCCCUCCAAAUAAGAUUGCUGACUAAUAUGCAUAACAGAUUAAAAAACCAGAUUUAUUUUUGCUAAGCUUGAAAUCAUUGCUUUAGACAACAUUGUACAAUCCACCUUCUUUCCUUUUUAAGGGCUGUUUGAUUUUCUAAUUAAAAGUAAUUUUUACUGAUAAAUUUGUAAUUAAAGGUUGUUGAAUUUAUUUCAUUGGUUGUAGCAUGAAUACAAUAUAGUAUAUAAAUGUAUUUUUGUGUAUUUAAAGAGCAUAAGAAAACUUUUUUGAUACACGAAUAAAAAGGCUUUCCUUGCUUUUAUCAUUUGUGAUUGGAUAUUUGUAGAAGUAGUGAUAUUCAAUGGAGAAUGAUUUAUCUGUAAAAUUUUGUAGAGAAAUGCUUUAUCUCUUUUGUUUGUCAAUCAUAUAUAAUUCAAUAAACAAUGUACAAUAAUUCGAAGGAAAUGAAAGAGUAUGCAUGUCAUAAUUAAUUUUUUAUUUGUGUUGAGUUUUGAAUAUAGAUUGAAGUUUUCAAUAUCAUAGAAAAUGAAUUUGAUUUUGUCGGAACUUUGAAACCUGAAUGUAAUUGAUUUAUUAAUCGAUGUAUAUAUUGAAAGAAUUUGAUUAAUAGUCACUUUAGAAGAUGAUGCAUUCUAGUCAUGCUCUGCAUACAUUUAGAAAAGAAAAUCUCAAAUUACAUUUACUCCCUCUUUUGAAUUUAUUUUUACAUCCAAUUUUAAAAGGAAUUGUUUUCUGAAGAUUUUUAAGCUAUAAUCAUGAUGAUUAUUAAAAUUAUAAUAUGAUGUAUUUAUUAUUUUUUGAUUUUAGAUUUAAUUCAUAAUUUUUUUUUAGUGCAUUUUACCCUUUUAUCAUAUACAUAUGUGUGUGUUUUUUUCUGACGUUGAAUAGUUAUUGAAUAUUUUAAUAACAAUAUGUUGGCAUUGUAGUACAUGUAACAAUUGUUUUACUUGACAUAUUUGAUAGUAGACUUUAUUGAUUACUUCUUGUACAAAAUGUUCUUUACUGUAUUUCUACAAAGAAGCGUGUCAGCCUAACUGAAUUUUCUAAAAGGAGAAUAGCAAAUACACAUGUCUUAAAGCAAUAUAGGUUGAAAUGCUUACUUUUACAUAUGAGUUUUGAGUUUUAUUAGUUGGAUGUUUGAAGAAAAUGUUGAGUUUUGAUAAUAAAUUUCAUUAUUUUUAUGUUUAUGUAAAAAGAAAAUGAGAUAUACAUACAUCAUACACGUUAUAUCAUACAUAGUUUUUUUUGCGAUGUCAAAAACAUGGAAUAUGCAUUUAGAGACCAAUAAAUUUCUUCAUUUGAUGGUUGUUUUUGUGUUGUCAAUUAACACCGGGAUCGUUAUACAACGGAGCUCUUUUUUAAAGGAGAUAAUUGAGGUUUAAAGUGACAGUUUCCGGUUUGCGUUGUGGUAAUUUUGUCAAUUGCGGCAAAAGAUUAGAAGUGUCAACGACAGCGUUUAAAUGAUACCGAAGCUGUUUCAGUGGCUUUUAGGAGCUGGGUUAUUCAUAGCUGUAUGGCUGGCAUUUGUUUUAGAAAAAGUUGACAUCCAACUCACGGAAAUACAGAGAACUCUAGUUUUAAUUUCUCCUUUGUUAGCUGUUGGCAUUUUUGGACUUGUCUCUGCAGUAAUAGUUCUAUACAGAGUAUCCACAUUUAAUGAUUGUAAAGAAGCGGCUAAAGAAAUCCAACAGCAAAUAAAAGAAGCUAAAGAAGAUCUAUCUCGUAAAGGAUUUAAAUUUGAUGACACGUGACAGAUGAUGUAGCAAUUUUGAUUUUUCAUUUUUGUUCAUUUAGUUAUCAUGCGUAAUAAAACAUGCAAUGCUAAAAAUCA